AUGGACCGAGGGCCACUAGAGAAAGAGGAAGCCAAGAAAGUCAAACAAGCUAUAGCCCAAAACGGGCAGAAGCGCCGGCGAAGACGGUCUUCCCAUUCGCUAUCCUUGUCUCAAUCCGAGAACUCCAUGACAGACGGAACCGCGAAUAACCCUUCACCAGCCGUUGAAAACUUACCCGAAGCAUUCGAUCGAAAGAGUCCAACCCAAGGAUUGUCGGAGAACAGUGGUCGCAUCGAGGACUUGGGCUCAACGUUGCCAUCAGUGAAUGAGCUGGCGAGUGAUAUGCCGACAUGGUCGUCGCAGAUCCCAUCGAUCUCAAGCUCAGCCGCUGACUUUGCCUUUCCCUCACCGUUGUUCUCACCCAUCACGCUGCCGGAUGCACAACAUGAGGCGAGCGAAACACACGCUCUCUUGGAUAAUUUCACUUUUCCCAGCGAUAUCCUAGCCGGCUUGGGCUCUUCAAAAGACCACCAGCUACCGGUUGUUGAUUAUGAGGGAUCUGAUGUACAAAGGCCAAACUACGGACUAGGGCUUUUAGCAUGCAAGGAGAGCGACAGCGGUAGUUACAUGCGCGUAUCUGCCUCGAGGUCAGGAUUGUGGCCUGACUCUGCUCUCAAUUCCUAUCCGCAUCUGUCAGACGAACGGAGGAACGGUCCUCGCCAACGCAUUCUCACAACCAAUGAACCAACGACAGAAAGUAUUGCUUUACUAUCAAAUUACCUCACAGAGAUCUCUAGUAUACAAUUUCCCUUCACCCAGUUCACCAGAAAUGGACGAGAAUGGCUACACUACCUACUCUUACGCUCACAGACAGUAUCCGACAUUUCCUUGCUCCUGUGCAAAGCCUACCAUGACCGAGGACAAGUAGCUGAAAACCUGUACCACCGCAGUAAUUAUGAUGAAGUCACCAGCCAAGUCUCGGUAGCCCUCAAGAGCCUACCAUCAUCAACAGCCACCCUGUCCCUACUAGAUGAAGAGCAGAAAGCCUCCCAGGCUCUCUUCGCAUGUGCCGCGCUUCUCCAAGCGAUUUAUAUAGAUAUACUUUAUCAAGAAACGCGUCAGUGGAAAAGCUGUCUCACUCAAGCGGCCGCUUACGUCCAAGUUCUGAUCAACAUCAUCGUCCGCGAUGAUAACAUCAACCACCCGGUCUCAGUGUGUCGGCUCCAAAAAGCUACGGCAAAAGCAGUCCUAGGCCAUCUGGUCUGGUGCGACAUUUUAGCUACCGUCUCAUGCGGCAGAGACCCAUUUCUCGGCAUUAAUCACGCCUAUCUCCUAGACUCCGAAAUCAUAUCCAUGGCCCCUGUGUGCGGCUGUCACAAUUGGGUGGUCAAGGCGCUAUACGAUCUAGCGAGUCUCCAGCGCUGGAAGCUGCGGGCACAAGAAGGGAAAACGCUAAGUGUUAUCCAGCUGGCGGCGCGCGCGAGUAACCUUCAUGAGUGCCUGGUGGCUGCCAUGGCUGAGAGCUCCAGUGCACCAGGUCAGGUGCGCCCUGGGCAGAGAGGUAGUUUUGACAGCCUGGUUUAUGGGUGGGUCACCGACAUGGACAGGGAAAUCACUCUGUUGUUUGCCCGCGCUGCAGUUAUUUAUCUCCAUGUGGUGGUGUCUGGUCCUAAUCCGCAUUUGCCUGAAAUAGAUACGGCAGUGAAGGAGUCCGUAGGGUCAAUUCAAACGCUAGCAGAGAAACAUCUACUACAGCAUGUUUCAUGGCCCUUGUGUGUCAUUGCCUGUUUUGCCGGAGUGGAUGAAAGACAAAGCGUGCAGGGCUUUCUUCGGGAGGAAUCCAAGAACACUAGAAAGUGGUUCAGCACAUCCCAUGAGACGUUGAGCAUUGCUCGGGAAUGCCACAGACUUAGGGACCAAGGGCAAGACUGCGACUGGGUGGCUUCAAUGGAAAGCUUGGACCAUCGGAUACUGUUACUUUGA